UCUUUCCUCAUCGACCCUUUUGUUCCCAACCCUUUUAUUCUCCCCGUUCACAGGGAGGGGGCGAAGAGAUAUUCCGAUUUUCCGGAAUAACUAUCCCUUUUUAUUCUCGCUCGUCGCGGAUUGGUGGAUGAGUAGGGCGGAGGAGGAAGCAGAAGAGGAAUAGGAGCUCUCUAAUGGCCGAUGCUCUCCUCCGUUAUCCCCUUCUCGCCCCUUAUUCCUAUUCUUCUUCUUCUUCUUCUUCUUCUUCUUCUUCCACCCCUCGCUUAUCCCCCGUUUGUUCGACCUCCCCGAGAAUAAGGCUCUCGCGGCGCCCGAGAUUGGACGCCGUUGUCGCCGCCCUCGCGCACCGGCCGGGGCGAUUCGCUCGUGUCAAGGUCCAUGCAGUUGUGGCAAAUAAGGAUGAACCAAAGUGGUGGGAAAAGAAUGCAGGACCGAAUAUGAUUGAUAUUCAUUCUACGCAGGAGUUUUUGGAUGCGUUAAUGAAAGCCAGUGACAGGCUUGUCAUUGUCGAAUUCUACGGCACCUGGUGCGGUUCUUGUCGUGCUCUCUUCCCAAAGCUCUGCAGGACAGCUGAAGAAAACCCUGAUAUCGUAUUCUUGAAGGUGAAUUUUGACGAAAACAAGCCUAUGUGUAAAAGGUUGAAUGUUAAAGUCCUUCCAUAUUUUCAUUUCUACCGUGGAGCUGAUGGAUUGUUGGAGUCCUUCUCCUGCUCCUUAGCCAAGUUCCAGAAAAUAAAGGAUGCUAUAGCAAGACACAACACCGCUCGAUGUAGCAUCGGCCCUCCUGCGGGAGUUGGGGAUCUGAGCCUCCUUGAGAACCCAAGCCCGCCGGAGAAACCAGCGGAAGCCGGUUCCCGGUAGUUCUUCGUGUCUUUUUAUUGUUUCUCUCUCUCUCUUUCUCUCUCUCUCUCUCUCUCCUUUUUUUUUUCUUUUUUUUUUGUUUGCCUCACUGAUUUCAGUACGUCAUUGUGAGCUUGUCAAGAGAAAAGGCCCCCUUUUUCUUUAGGAAAGGGAGGAAACAAAACACCCAACUCUUGUUGUACCAUCUUUUGAUUUUGUAGCACUACAAAUUUAUGUAUUAUAAUUUAUAUUUAUCACUUUUUUUUUUUUUGUCACAAUUACUUGAUCUGUAUGUGACUUGAAGAAUA